GCCUAUCGAUAUGUUGUUGACACGUCCAGCUUAGUUUAUUUACAAUUUGGGCAAAAUCAGUGCAUUUGCAAUUUAUGGCUGAUUUUCAAGAACAGCUGCGACAGUAUCGCGCUCAGAAAAGGAGGAAGGAAACGGUGGACAACUUCAAGGACAAGCUACGAAGAUUCUGGAUGUUGGGAACCGGGGCUAACAAAGAUACCACAAUAGAGGUACAACAGCCGCCUACUAUGUUCGAAGCUAUCUCGGAAAACUCACACGAUGAGGCUGUGACCUCCAGUGAAAGUGAAUUGGUGCCGGAGGAGCAGCCCACCAGAUCGACAGACCAUCACCACAAGGAAAACAACUGCCUAAAGUAUACCCUCUGGACUGUCUAUCUGCUGUUCUGGAUAACUCUCUACGUGAUUGCCAUAAAGCUUAGCUUCGGAUUGGUCUUCCUCAUGUUUUCCGCGCUCUUUGGUAUCUACUUCAACACCCGGACGGAACCAAAGAAACGGAACGAGAUGAGUGCCUACAGCGUUUUUAACAAGAAUUGCGAGAGUAUAGAUGGCACCUUGAAGGCCGAGCAGUUCGAAAGGGAAAUCCGCUAUGGAUCGGGAAGUGUACGAUAGUCAUACGAGUAUGUCAUUAAAUAAUAUAUCCAAUGUAGUCUAGACAAUUUUAUUAGUAACUAGUAUCUUAUGCAGCUCUUUGGCUGUUAAAGUAUACUUUAUUAUGUGUUAUUGGCAACUAUCAUUUUCUAUAGAUUUUUAUUAAACAUGACAUGUUGAUCUUACCUUUUGUUAA